AUGGGGGAGGAUCUCAAUAACAACUUGACGGGUGUCGAAGAUGAAGUCCAUGGUACCGGGUGGACGCUCGGGGGAAUUCCGAAGAUGAUGGUGACGGACAUGGCUUCCGAUGCUCUGGUAGAUAGCAUCAUCACAGAGCGAAUCCGGAAAUUGGAUCAAAACCCCGUUGACAUUCAGCACGACUUGCCGUUUUUGGUCGCCGACACAAGACGAAUAUUCCAACAACAUGAACGCUGGCUCCAAUGUCUUCCUAACAUUGCACCCUUCUACGCCGUGAAAUGUAACUCAAACAUUCGGCUACUACGCUAUCUCGCGCGUCUAGGCGUUGGUUUCGAUUGCGCCUCAUGGGGAGAGAUGAAACUCGUGCUGAACUUGGGCGUAGACCCGUCAAGGAUUAUCUUCGCUCAUCCGUGCAAAGCAGUAUCUGCCUUGCAGAUGGCUUCCAGAAGUGGAGUUCCACGUACGACAUUUGACAAUGUCGACGAGCUCGAGAAAAUAAAGGACAAUGCCCCUAAUCUACGGCUACUUCUUCGUAUAUUCGCCGAUGAUGACACUGCUCUUGUAUCCCUUGGGAACAAAUUUGGAGCUCCUUUAGACACCACCAAAGCAUUACUUCUGAAAGCGAAGGACCUCGGCUUAGUGGUGGACGGGGUCAGUUUUCACGUUGGAUCUGGAGCAUCGAAUGCCGAUACAUUUGUGACAGCCGUACAAAAUGCCAAACACGUUUUCCAACAAGGGAAACAGCUCGGGUUCGAUAUGCAUGUUUUAGAUGUCGGAGGCGGGUUUCAAGAUUCCAAUUUCGAGCCAAUGGCACUGUCUCUCCAACGAGCUAUCGAAAAAGAAUUUCCCCCUUCGACACAGGUGAUGGCAGAACCUGGCAGAUACUAUGCCCGCAGCUUCUACACCGCGGCAUGCAAGGUCGUCGCCCGACGCAAGCAAAUUGGGCAAGACAAGUUAUCGCAAAGUGACAUGCUCUACUUGAAUGAUGGGAUAUAUGGAUGUUUCAUGAAUGCUGUGGCCGAGAAUGAGAUCUAUCGGCCAAUCCUGUUCAAACAGGAGACUACGAGCAGUACCGAGAGAGAGGCUGGAGAGCAUCGGUAUUCUGUGUGGGGCCCGACGUGUGAUGGGCUGGAUUGCAUCGCUAAAGAAGCUACUAUGGGUUGUGAGGUAAAGGUUGGGGAUUGGGUCAAGUUUGAGAACAUGGGAGCGUAUACAACAGCGACUUCUACACAAUUCAAUGGAUUUCCAAACCGCUACGACAUCAUAUAUGUCGAUGACCAUAGCCCACCGAGAUGCGAUAGAGAGGUUAUGGCUAGUACGAAGCGCAUCAGGUCAGAAGCAGUCCUAUAG